UAUUUUACCUUUACAGCUAUUUUAUCAACCAUGCUGAGCACACCACUACGUGGGAGGACCCAAGACUUCGACAUCCACAGCUUCAGCAGGGAUCGUAUGCAAAGCAUUAUCUGUAUGGAUUAGGAAAACCAAGCACUCCUGGACUCACGAAGGCCUAUCAAGCUUAUUAUGGAGCUUUACAGCAUUGUGUCCCUUCUGGUCCUGCACCACCUUCUUCAGCUGGGUCUUAUCAGGGUUCCCCAAGUAGAUACUACAGCAGUCCACGUCAUCUAGUUCAGGGAGCCUAUUCUCCAUUUUAUGGGAGUCCAAGAACACCCUAUCGAUUUAAGGAUGCAGGGGCUGUUCAAGUUGAUGAACGCAUUUUGAAUAAAUUGUGUUUACAAUUUCUGACUGUUGAUGAAGGUCAUAUCUGGCAGCUUCUGAAACAAUAUCACAACAGAGAAAAUGUUGUACUUAGUGCUUUGCUGGCUGAGGGCCACCCUCGUGCUCAAACUCAUCCUAUGGCUUAUGAACAUUUAACCCCAAAGCUACAGAAACAAAUCAUCGACUCCCAACCACCACCUGUGGAUGAAGCGAUUGUACUGAAACUUCACAACUUUUUCCCUCUUGCAAGUGUUGAACACAUCAAGGGAUUAUUACGGAAACACAAUGGCCAAGAACAUGAUGUCAUCAGUGCUUUAGUUAGUGGUAGUAGAGGAUCAAGUACCAACCAGAGUCCCCAUACAGGUUCACCUAAAAUGAAACUGCGCUACCUGAAAUUGGUGUUUCCUGAAGCUGAUGAAGCUGUGCUUUUUGAUGUGUUGAAUAACUGUGAUAAUAAUGCACAAGAAGCCUCUACUCGGCUCACCAAUAUGGGUUACAAAAAACGAGAUACACCUAUAUUACGUCCCAACAGCAGCAGCCAGCAUGCAACACCCCCGCCUAAAACCGAGGUUCAGCGUCCUUCAUUGCCGAUGGAACGUCCAUCCCCACCAGUCAUGUUGAAUCCUGCUGAUAGAAACAAGGUACAAGCAUCUCUUCAAGAACAGUUUCCAGGAGUGGCCAGAACCUUGAUAGGCUUAGCCUUGGAAAGUUCAAAUUAUAAUGAAGAGCGUGCCAGGCAGUUUUUGAUGGCCAUGACACCCCAAGACAGCCCACGACAGGUCUCACAUAGUGAAGUAUCCCAGGGUGCAGAAAUUCUUCCUUCUUCAGCUACUGAACACAUCCUCCCUUCACUAACAGCAGAAGCUCCACCCGUCCCACCCCGCAGUAGACACCCCUCAUCCUCUCAGGACUCAGCAGGUGAUGGAGUGUCUCGGUCUAGGCAUUCCAGUAUGGAAAAACAGUCUGGAAGAGGAGACACUACACGAGAAGGAACACCUUCACACAGUACUGUACGCUCAUCAUCACCUGCUUGGAAAGCAGGUUUAGUUGGACUAAUUCGACAGAAGUUUAAGAAGGAGGUGAUGAAGUUUUCUAAGGCAACAAGCACUCAAGAAGAUCAUCAGUCAAUUUCUACCAACAAGUCUCAACCGAAAGGUCCAAAUUCUACCUUACACAGAGGUCCAUGUGAAGGUCUUCUUUUAAAAGAAUACCUACCUUGGAAAGGCCCAGAUCCACAGAAUUGUAAAGGUCCUGAUCCUACUUUAUGUCGAGGUCCUGAUCCUAAGAAUCUGGGGACGAAACGAGAAUCCAGAGCUAAAGGACCAAAGCUGAGUCUGAGAAGAGGGCCACUGAAAGACAUUGCCCAUCGUUCUAUCACUUCAUCCUCUGGUGUGCUGGUUGCAACAGUGGAGACUGGUCCUUGAUGGUCUAGUUAAGCAGGAAAUUUACUUCUUUAUU